AUGUCUCUUCGGCGCUCUGUCGCCUUUGCGGCGCACACGCUCACCACUACGCCAGUCCCCAAGAACCGCCGACCCAAAUUUGAACUACACCUGAAGAUAAUUGAUCUUGCCAACGUCCCGCUCGUCUCCGGAACCUCGUUCAUUAAAUGGCACCUACCUCACUCGACCGCUGCGGAACACCGUGGACGCACCGACAAGCGACCCAUCAAAGAUCAUAAAGUCGUAUACGAUUACCAAACGAAAUGCCCCGUUCGCCUCACCGUAGACAAGCAUGGCAUGCUGCAGGAGAGCUGGAUCGACUUCGAGGUGCUACAAGAGUACGCUGGCGGAGGCAGGGAAGAACGCAUCGUCCUGGGCAGAGUGAAGCUCAACCUCGCAGAGUAUGUCGAGCAGAGCGAGUUCAGCGGUUCUAGCGGAGAGGAGCCGGGCAUAACAAGGAGGUACCUGAUGCAGGACAGCAAGAUCAACAGCACGCUCAAAAUCGGCAUCUACAUGAAGCAAAUUGAAGGUGAUAAGAAUUACAUCUGCCCUCCCCUGAGAACGGCACAGGUCUUCAGUGGUAUUGCGGGAAUCGUCUCGGGCGAACAGGGCGACUCGGAAGAAGCUUUACCGUCGCUGACUACAAGCUCUCGCGAGACUGGAGAGCUUCAGGACAUGUACAGGAGAACGCUGGCAGCAUACUGGUCCGCGCAGCCGGGGGAGCUCAAGGCAGACGAAUGCAUAGAAGACAUCUUCGCUGGGGGAGACGGCUGGGGUGACCGCGAUAAGCCAUACAACGACGAAUCUCAACGUGGCGUACGAUUUCACGCCGGGGAAGGAGCUGGUUCCGCGACUGAAGGGGAGGCACGCUCGAGCAUACGUCGCAAGUCGCAGGAGACCCUCAGACCUGAGGAUGCACUGCCAAAUCCUUCAAGCUCUCCACGUUCGCCUGGGAGAGUACGCGGGAGAGGAAGCUUGGAGCAGCAGGCACACCAGAUAUCGAUGAAGGCGGAGGCGGAGAGGAACCGGCAGCGGCCGCGGCACGAAGUAGAUGAGAUGGAUCUACGGGAGGACUUGCGGAGCUGGCGUCUACCUAGCUGA